AUGUCUGUGGUACGGGAGAUCAGUCCGAAUGUAAGGAACAUGAAGCCGUUAGAUUAUGAAAUCCUUGCACGGCGACAAAACCUGAUCGAGAAAGAACUCAGACAGGUAAAGAAAAGAAAAUCUUUGAUAGCGUCCUUCCUGAUAUCUGAGCUUGAAAUCCUUCCUGUCUCUGUCUGCAGGGAGUAAGAAAACCAUUCAAAGAGGUGUUGGAUGUCUCCAUGAGUGACCUGCAAAUGUCAGGUCUAAAGCCUCUGUCAUUCGUCCGACAGGUAAAACACUAAACAUUUUCAUUUGGGUUUGUUUCAUUAUUUCAUGUUGUGUACAGUAUUGUAGAUUUCUUCUAUUAUCAGUUUCGUUAUUUAUACAGUAUAUGAGCUGAAUUCCCACGUGCUUACAGUCACUAAGUGGGCUCAUUGCUGUCUGGUGCACAAAUCAAAUAUUCACAGUGGCAACAGUGAGAAAUAGAAAAAAAACUUCUAUAACUAAAGUUUCCCUUUAUUCAAACUGUUUUAAUUCUGCAUGAAUUUGAAAUAGUACAGCCUAAAAAUCUUACCCUAUUUCCCAGGUCCUCGCAGCAUGUCUUUACCCCGAGCUCCUGAACAGCAACAAGCUGCCGGUGGACGUUAGACAGAGGGCUCAGAGGCUGCUUGGGGAAUGUGCCGGAGCGAGUGUAGGUAAGAGCUGUUUCUGAGGAAAAUAAAGCCAGAACAGUUGAAUUACACCAGUUUCUUAUCAGGGAUUUUUUGAUAGCUUUUGUUCAAUUUUUUGACAUUAUAGGUGAGUUUUUAUGUCAAGUGAUGAUAGCAUUCACAAAAAUCAGUCUUUUUCUAAAGCGAACAGUGUGAUAUCUAUAAAUAAGUUAAAAAUGGUCAUACUUCACCUGUGUUCACAAAAUAACUUUGAAGUCCUUGACACACUGAAUUUUAACAAUGAACUGUGACAUUUUGUUUACUAGCUUUUUAGUUUGCAAGGAAGGAAAAGUAAUGUCUUGGGAAGGAAGCCCAAAGGUCAUAACAGUAUGGGGGUAAUAUUGUAUAUAUUAUAUAUGUGGUAAAAUUUGCUUGUGCUGUAUAUGUGCCAUUUACAUUCUAUUCAACACAUCAAAUGUAUAGAAUAAAAAGGAAAAAAAAAAGUACAAAACUUACAUAAUAGUUGCUUGAAUCGCUCUCUGAUGAUCAUUUGUGUAUCUGUGUUGUUUUUCAGGCUCAUACACAGCUACAAAGGGUAUCCCUGAGAUAGUCCAAAGAAUCUCUGAAUACAUAACAAGGCGAGAUGGAGGGGUCCCAUGUUCCCCUGAGAACAUCUUCAUAAGUUCAGGAUCACAGUGGUCCCUCUUGGUAACAGGCUAAAAAACAAACACACCGUCCUUGUUCUUUGUACAUUAUUCUCACUUUAACUCAAUCCUGUUACUGUGUUUAUCAGAACAUCCUGAAGGUCUUAUUGUUUGAGAGCUCACCAAAGAGAGGCAUACUGGUUCCAGUGCCGAGCCACGUCACCACCACUUUGUCCAUUCCAAGUCUGGGAGGAGUCGUCAUCCCUUAUUACCUGAGCGAGGAGCAGGGCUGGCAGUUGCAGGUGGAGGAGCUUCAGCGUGCUCUGGAUUCUGCUAAGGCAUGGUGUAAACCUGUAACUUUGUACAUCAUCAACCCUGGAAACCCCCCAGGUACAAAAUCCUCACCAGAGUGUACUUAGUGUGAACAUGUUUGUAUGUCGGGGAUCAUUUUUGACUUGGUGGUAUCACCUCUACAGGUCAGAUUCAAAGCAGAAAAUCAAUGCAGGAGGUGAUCCAGUUCGUGUCUGAGAAGAGGCUCUUCCUUCUGGCUGACGAGGUAGAUGUCUGAAAGGAUUGUCAGGCAUAACAGGAAAAUAUAUACAAAUGCACAGUAAAAGGCUUUGCAUUGUUGUCCACAGGUCUAUCAGAACUUGAUAUAUGGGGAAAACAGUGAGUUUGUCUCCUAUAAGAGGGUUCUAGGAGAAAUGGGACAUCCUCUGUCAGACACAGUGGAGCUGGCGUCCUUCCACUCAGCAUCUAAAGGCUUCACAGCAGAGUAAGCGGAGUGACGAAAGUUAGACAAAAACAGACUGUAUGGAAUAAAAGUUUUCAAAGCCUUAUGACUGCUGAGUGGUUGUUAAAGACAGUGUGAUACGACUAAAAACUCUGUACAGCUAAUAAUCAGACUUUUGUUUACUUCCUGCUAGGUGUGGUCUGCGUGGUGGGUAUGUGGAGCUGGUAAAUGUGGACCCUGCUGUAAUGAAACACAUCUAUGCUCUGUUCUCUAAAGACAGCUGUGGGCCUGUGUUGGGUCAGAUGGCCCUAGAUCUCGCGCUAAACCCUCCACAACCAGGAGAUCCCUCAUACCCGCUUUAUCACACAGUGAGUUCAUAGAAAAAACAGCUUUUUAAACACAUAAAUUUGAUUAUUUAUUCAUCAUGAUUCAUCUCACUUUCCUCCAGGAAACAGAACACAUCAGGAAGUCGCUGCUCCACAACAUAAAGAGGGUCUCUGAGAUUUUAAACAGCCUGCCGGGUUUUUCCUGUCAGCCUGUGCAGGGAGGGUCAUUCGCGUACGCUAGACUGUUUCUGCCGCCCAGUGCAAUACAGAAAGCUGAGGUUGCAAGGCUGUCUCAUAGAACUGUUUAUACAAUCUACAACCUGUGCAUUAUUAUAAGAAUAAAUAAAAUAAUCAUAUUAAAUAUUUCAGAUAUAUUUGUGCGUAUUUUUGUUUCAGGAACUGGGACUGAAACCAGACACGUACUACUGCGUGAGAUUGCUGGAAGAGGCUGGUGUGUUAACGCUCCCUGGAAGUGAAUUUGGACAAAAAGAGGGCACCCAUCACAUGAGGUAUAAGUAAGGAUACAAAUCAAUAAUUAAGCUCUGGAGACACUGCAUGAUCAGUUUAUAGAUAGAUUUAAGAAAUGGGUUUCAAAUGAGAUCUUUAACCUCUUUUUUUUUUUCUGCAGAUUUUGCAUCACAACCCCCCAGGAAAGAAUGGAAGAAGUUUUGAGGCGCAUUACCAACUUUCACACACAGUUUAUGAGGAAUGUGUCCGAGACAGAGGCAGACAGAGUAUGA